GACUACAAGUCCAGACUGAAAGCUGCUUGUCUUAAUGUACUAAAACAGAGGAAAAUAGUGAAGAUAAUCCAGGAGUGCGUAUGUAUGUGAAUAUAUACUAAGAUUACAAGGGUGUUUAUUGAUAAAACUGCAACUAAAUUACUGAAAGUGAGCACUGUUGGAGCAAAUAGUGAAUCUGUGAAAGUGAAAGAAAGUUGGCUGACGGAGAGAUUAUACAAGCUGGAUCAGACCACAGAAUGGCUGCCAGUGAAUCACCAUCUGAAAUGGAUUGCACAUGUCCUGUGUGCUGUGACAUAUUUAAGGAUCCUGUAGUCUUGUUGUGCGGUCACAGCUUUUGCAAGUAUUGUCUUCAGGAGUGGUGGAGACAGAGUAGAUGCAAGACAUGCCCGGUCUGUAAUGAAAUAUUUCCGAUGGUUCAGCCUCCACGUAAUCUGGCACUGAGAAAUCUCUCUGACACCUUGAGACAAGAGAAGAGUCAGAGAGGUUCAUCAGGAUCUAAAGAGCUCUGCAAACUGCACGGUGAGAAACUCAAACUCUUCUGUCAGGAUGAUCAAGAACUGAUCUGUUUGAUCUGUAGGGAUGCAAAAAAACACAAGAAACAUAACUGUGUCCCCAUCAAUGAAGCAGUAGAAGACCACAGGACCAAACUGAAGGUUAAGCUGAUGCAUUUAAAAACCAAACAGGGGUCAUUCGAAAAAGAAAAAGUCAAGUGUGAUAAAAUGGCCGGCCACAUCACGCUCCAGGCCCAGCAGACUGAGAAGGGGAUAAAAGAGGAGUUUCAAAAGCUGUACCAGUUUCUGAGGGCAGAAGAGACUGCAAGGAUUGAUGCUGUGAGGAAAGAGGCGACGCUCAAGAGUGAAGCAAUGAAGAUCAGGAUUGUGAAUCUGACUGCAGAGAUCUCCUCACUCUCUGACAAUAUCAAAACCAUGGAGGGAGAAAUAAAAGCUGAAGACAACCCAUUCAUGCUGAAUGUCAAAUCCUCUAUUGAGCGGUCCCAAUGUAACCUGCCAAAACCAGAGACCCCAUCAGGAGCCCUGAUCGAUGAGGCCAAACACCUGGGGAACCUGAUGUUCACAGUCUGGAGGAAGAUGAAGGAUAUAAUACAAUACACUCCUGUAACAUUCAACCCAAAUACAAGUGGCAACGGUCUGACUCUAUCAGAGAAUUUGACUCGUUCAACAUCCAGAAUGAAAGCUCAGAAGCUCCCUGACAACCCAGAGAGAAAAUCCGACUCAACUGUUAUUGGAUAUGAAAGCUUUAGCUCUGGUAAACACAGCUGGGAUGUGGAGGUGGACAGGGAGUAUUGGGCUGUUGGUGUGACUGCUAGAAACAAGCAUCAAAACUCUGAAAAGGUUUGGGGCAUUUCCCUGUAUGGUGGUCAAGAGUUCCAUGACCUUCAUUCAAAAAAAAUACAUUUCUUAUCUGAAAUCUCAUAUACAAAAAAGAUCAGAGUGCAGUUAGAUUAUGAUCAUGGAAUACUACAUUUUUUUAACUUGCAUAACAGCAUGAAAACACCUCUACAUACCAUUCGAUAUACAUUCAAAGAACCAGUUUUUCCCUAUUUUAUGGGAUGUGAAAAAGUCCUUCCAGCUGAAUUGUCAGUGAAGAUAAGACAACCCAAAUAGACACUCUGCAUACUGUAAAGUUCAAACAAGAUGAAUUGCCUUAUUUUGGGACAUACAGUUGUAUUGUAUGUCACAUUAGUCAGCAAGUCCUGAGCUUUUUACCAGUUUGUAUCUUUUUAUUGUAAUCAUUUUUAUUUUUCCAUAUUUCGUUUGUUAGGUUCUUAGUCUAUAUCUAACUUUUUUGACCUGUGUAGCCAAUGGCAUGUUAACCUUGCAGUGAGCAUUGUCAGCCAUCAUGCAGGUCUUCCCUGUUUUGUAUUUGGUUAAGUCUGCCUAAAAGGGGCACUGAUUUUAAACAUGCUAUUCAAUUUACUAUUCAGCUUACAAAAACAGGUGUAUUAUCUCUGUUUUGGCUUUGGAGGGAGCCUGCCACAGUUUUUAAAAGUAAUCCUGGUGAUGUAAUUUUUUUUACAGAAAGUAUUUGUGUUACAAACUGGAAGAGGAAGAAGGGGAUGGGGUUUGCAAGAAGCGGGUAUUUCAAUGACAGAAAUGGUCCAAUGAAUGAUCCUACUUAGUUGCAUUAUGGAAGUGUGAAAUCCAGUGUUUUUGGAGCUUGACCCACACUAGAAAAUUAAAGUCAGAAUAUUCAUGCAUGUACUGCUUCAAUUGCAACUAUUAUUUUUUUAAGAAAUGUUUAAAAAAAACCUUUGUCAGUAUGCCAGACAUGGGAAUACUAAAUCACAGAAGUACCUGUUUUAUUCAUUGUAUUCAUUUUCAUUGCAUGAUGUACAGCAUUGUAGAGGUAAAACUAAAAAGGUGAAUCUGCUGAAAGUUAUACUGCGAUUAUCUGAUUUCAGUGAUCAUAUUAAUGCAAAUGAAACUGAUGUUCAGAAUUUAUUAACUACUUAAAGUGAGCAAUUAGAGUGAUUUCCUAACUGUUAUGAAAUGAAGGUGCACCUAGUGUGCUGUAACUAACAAUGGAGUUCAGGGUACCUGCAGUAACAUGGGUUUACUGAUGACUUGUCUUGGUGAUAACUUUCAGCUAGUUUGAACAUCUUCAUUAGGAAUCUCCAGUAUUCCAUUAUGUCCCAGUGUGUCUACAUACAAGCAUAGCAUGGGGAUGAAUCAUUACAGUAUGAGGCAAUGCCUAAUGUCUCUAGUGUACUGCCAUCCGUCUCUCUCUCUCUCUCUCUCUCUCUCUCUCUCUCUCUCUCUCUCUCUCUCUCUCUCUCUCUCUCUCUCUCUCUCUCUCUGUUCACUGCUGACACACUCACACACAUGAGUGUGAAUCUUUACACCGAUACUGAAUCUCAGUGGUAUUACAGCUGGAAUGCCUGCUAUGUUUUUUCAACUAAUGAAAGAAUGAAGAAAAACAAACAGAGGGGCCAAAUUAAAAGGGAAAAAAGUACUGAGAGAAGAAAAUGCACAGAGGGAGAGAAGGAAAUAGAGGGAGAAGGGGGCAUACAUGCGUCUCUCAUUCAAUUUGUAUUUCUCUGCAUGUUUUACACGAUUAAUCCAGUUUUCUCAGGGCCAAAUGAAGGUUGUAGAUCAGGGAUUGACUGACACAACAUCUGCUCAAAUAAUGGUCUUGAGCAGAUUUUCCCCCUGAUUACCCAAGAUAAAUUUCAAACUAUAUAAGUCUGUCAUUAGGCAAAACUUGAGUGAAUAAAGUUUGUCAGCCUGAGUGAUUACGCCUCAAUUAAUUCAAUUAGGCAGAGUUUAAUUUAAAGGUUUGAUAUUAAGAUAGAUAUUUAGAUACAAGACAUUUUCUCUAUCUUUAUCCAACGUUGAAUUCAAGAAUGUAGGAGGAAUUUUGCUACCUACAACUCAUUUGUCAGUAUUUCCCACAAAAAAAUCAUUUUAACAAUGGGCAUCUUUAGGGUUCAUAGUCAAAAAAUAUCCCUGAAUGUCUUGAAUGUAACUGAGCAAUUUUGGAAUAUUAAUCUUCUUCUUUCUUCUUUAUUUUUUACUUUUCUCACCACAAGUCAGCAUUGCUCCUGUAUAAACCAUUGCUUUAGCUCAAAGGAAUGACGGCAAACCAGCGUAUCCAGUUUUUUUUCUUCUUCCUGAAAAUCCCCUUUGAAUGAUCAAUCAUUCGAUGUUGACCAGAGAGCACUGAGGAACCACUGAGUAGAAUACGUCACAUAUUAUUUCACUGAAUAUCCCAUUUUUCUACUAAUCAGAUGAAAUAAAC